GGGGUUAAUCUUAGUUAUACCAUUAUUUAGCUAUAUGACCUUGACCUUAGGCAAAUUACUUAACUUUUAUGUGCUUUAUUUUCUUCCUCUGUUAAUAAAGAUGAUGAUGCUAACAACAGUAAUUGCCUAAUAGGGAUGCCAUUCAGACUAAAUGAGGUAAUGCAUAAAGUAAGCAAUUAGUAGUGGAUUGGCACAGAGUGACAAAUAGUAGUCAUUAUUUUGUCUUUCAUUUUAUUCCUUUAUUCAACAUAUAUUUUUGAACAUCUCUUUCUGUGUCCACUUCACUAUAGGUACUGGACUGUGGAAGUAAACAACAAAAGUACCUACCUUUGUAAAGUUUACAUGCUGCUGGUCAAGACAGAUAGUAAACAUAACAUUAUAAUUUCAAGGAGUGACAAGAUCAUUGAUUUAUUGUGUGGUGGUGUGUAGCCAGUAAAAAUGGUUUAUUGUUCAGUUACCCAUAAAAUACAAUGCUAAGUUUUUAUUAUAACCUCUAGUUUACAUAUGUGAUGAUAAAUAUGAUAAAAAGGCCAGGCUUCAGGAAGGAAGACUUAGGUUUGAAUCUGACUUAGCUCUGAUAUAUAUUUACCUUUAGUCAAGUUUACUUAAUAUUUAUCCUUUAGUUUAUCUGUAAAAUGUGGAUUACAAUACCUCUAUUUUAGCACUAUGAUGAGAUUAACUAAAUUACAUGACACAUUGCAUGUAGCAUAAAACAUGUUAGUUUCCUCUUCCUUGCUUUGGUUCAUUUUUGUAUACUUCUUUUUUUUCUUUAGUCUUCUCCUUUAGAAAUAUUUUUCCCUUCUGGAAGAAUAUGGUACUUGUAAACUAGUACACAUUUGAAAGUAAUCGUAAGAUACACAAUUUGUUUUAACAAAUUUUAAUGUUUUACAGGUAAAAGAGAAACAGUAGAAUGGAAUGGGAAAAUCAAACCAUUCUGGUGGAAUUCUUUUUCAAGGGACUUUCUGGCUACCCAAGGCUUGAGCUACUCUUUUUUGCACUGAUCUUAAUAAUGUAUGUUGUCAUCCUUCUGGGCAAUGGCACCCUUAUUUUAAUCAGCAUCUGGGACCCCCACCUUCACACCCCUAUGUACUUCUUCCUGGGGAACCUCUCCUUCUUGGACAUCUGCUACACCACCACCUCCAUUCCCUCCACACUGGUGAGCUUCCUCUCAGAAAGAAAGACCAUAUCCUUCUCUGGCUGUGCAAUACAGAUGUUCCUCGGCUUGGCCAUGGGGACAACAGAGUGUGUGCUCCUGGGCAUGAUGGCCUUUGACCGGUAUGUGGCUAUCUGCAACCCUCUAAGAUAUCCUGUCAUCAUGAGCAAGGAUUCCUAUGUGCCCAUGGCAGCUGGGUCCUGGAUCAUAGGAGUCAUCAACUCUGCAGUACAAACCGCAUUUGUAGUACAGUUGCCUUUCUGUGGGAAUAACGUCAUCAAUCAUUUCUCCUGUGAAAUUCUGGCUAUCAUGAAACUGGCCUGUGCUGACAUCUCAGGCAAUGAGUUCAUCAUGCUCGUGGCCACAACACUGUUUAUAUUGACACCACUGUUAUUAAUCAUUAUCUCUUACACAUUAAUCAUUGUCAGCAUCCUCAAAAUUCGCUCUUCUGAGGGGAGAAGCAAAGUUUUCUCCACAUGCUCAGCCCAUCUGACUGUGGUGAUAAUAUUCUAUGGAACCAUUCUCUUCAUGUACAUGAAGCCCAAGUCUAAAGACACACUUAAUUCAGAGGACUUGGAUGCUACUGACAAACUUAUAUCCUUGUUUUAUGGGGUUAUUACUCCUAUGAUUAAUCCUUUAAUCUACAGUCUUAGGAACAAGGAUGUGAAGGAGGCAGUAAAACACCUAUUGAGAAGAAAUGUUUUUAAUAAGUAAAUGGGAAAGGGACAGGUUAUUUUUAUAAUCACAAUAUGAAAAUCAGGGAAACCAAAGAACCUAAUAGAUCGGUUCUUGUUGCUGUGUCAAAUUCAUCUCUCAAAUCUCUCAAGCUUUAAAAAUUUUUUUGGUGCAGUGUGUAAUGAAAAUAAGUGAAUGCCUAUGUUUUAGGAGUCAGCGAUUAUGGUUUUUUCUUAUUGUUGAAGAGCUUGAACGUGAGGGCAAGUAGAGGGGUAAUGUAAUAGUGAGAGAGAUUUCCAGACAGGACAAUGUUACCCUUUAAAUGCUUUUUGAUAAGAUUAUUUUCAAAACCAAUUUAAUAUUUUCUUACUUUAUAAGACAGAAUAAAAACCUGUUUCAGAUUUUUAAAACUGUUAAAAUCAUGAACUUACAAUAUUGUAUUUACUAAAAAAUAUAAUUUACUUGGAGCCUGUUCAUAUAUGUAAUGUUGAUUGUCCUCUGUCUAGGUAGCUGUACAAUAUUAAACUUUUUGGUUCUAGUAUAAUAAUUUUUUAUAACUUUUUGUUCAUAUCCACCUAUGAGGUAUUAAGUUAUUAUUCUUUUCUACUUUCAACAUAUCUACUUUGACAGUCUUUUUUUCUGAAGGACUUCUGAUACAUGGGAUCUAACUGCUUUGGAUGUGGAAUUAAAUGACUGAUUUUUAAAGCCUUUUGAAAAUUAAAAGAAAAUAACUACUUAGUGAAAUAUCCAUGGAUAAAAGUAGAGCUAUAUCUUUUCCUUUGUAUCACUGACUUUCUAUCCAUGAAGUAUGUUGCUAAUCCAGGAGGAAUCUGUUAUUAUGGAAUGGUGGAUCUACCUUUAGAUGGUUUUUACAUUUGGUUUUUAUCUGGGAUUUCCAUUUCUUUUCUAUGUUAUGGUAACGUUCAGCUUUAAAAACAUU